AUGCCGUCUUUCUUCGCUCCCGGCCUCCAGGGCCUUCCUCCUACUCCUCCCCAUAUCUUGAGCGGUGGCAGGAUGGAACACGAUCAACCCUUCUACCUCCUCGGUCCCUCGGCCGCAUUCCCGCCUCGCUACCCCCAGAACGGCUGUGAUUUCAUUGAGCAGUACUCCCAGUCGACCUGCUACUCCAAGCCCAUGAACUCGCAGUCCGCUCUGGGCGUCCGCAAUGGCCGGGAUAUGGUCGCCGCUCACUCCGCGCUCAACCAGCCCAUGUUCGGUCCUCUGGGUACCGCCAACGUCUUGCCUCCCAUCCGCAACAACGUUCAGUUGCCCCCGAUGGAGAGUGCCAUCCCGCCCCAAUACCGACGCCAAGAGAUGAUGGUGCAGCCCGAACCCCAGCGCAAGGAGGAAAAGGCCACUGGAGGUGUCGCCGCCCACUUGGAUUAUGAGAUGGAUCAGAUGUCCGACUUUGUGGCUGAGAUGGCCCAGGGAAUGUAUGCUUUGUACAUCACCAAGAUCAACCUAGCAGAUAUUGACUUAGCGCGAAGCGUCUACCCAGGAUCGUCGGUCCCCCCUCAGUUCCGGAAAUACGUCUACCAGAUUUUGUCGUCCACUCGUCUCCCGAGCUCCACCAUCCUUCUGGGACUCUACUACCUAGCCAGCAGGAUGCGCAUGCUUUCUUCCACCAAGGUGUUCCACACCGGCAGUGGCCAGGUCUACCGCAUGCUCACCGUGGCCCUCCUUCUGGGAAGCAAGUUCUUGGACGACAACACCUUCCAGAACAAGUCCUGGGCCGAAGUUAGCAACAUCCCUGUGAGCGAGCUGAACUCGAUGGAGCUCGACUGGCUGUUUGCCUUUGAGUGGAAGAUUCACGACCGGAUCUACGAUCAACAGGAUGGCUUUGCGUCAUGGUUGUCUCACUGGGAAACCUGGCGUACUAAGACCGUUGCUCGGGCGCAAGAGUCUCGCCAUGCUUUGGCUCCCAUCGACACGAAUGUCUCCCGCAGCCACCGCGUGUCGAAGCCUUUGCUCUCGCCCGAAGGGCCGAUCCCACCCCAGUACCAGCGCAGCACUAGCUAUGAAACCUCGUGGCUGAACCCUGCCGCGUCGGAGUAUUCGCCGCCCUCUGCACCUCACACGGGACCGAACACUCCGGACUACUACGCAGCUGGGCCGUGGUACACGCAGCCUCCCCCGCCAUACUCGCGUACCUGGGUUCCUCCGCCCCAGCAGUACAUUCCACCGGCCCCUCGCUCCCAGCCUCCGUCCUACCACCACACCCCCGCAUAUGCGUUACCUUUCGCGCAGAGCGUGUGGACGGGCCACGGGUCAUCCUGUGGUUGCCUGUAUUGUGCCAAGCAUAUGGAGCACUACAUGUGUGCGAACCCGUUUGGCUCGAUGCAACCGAUCGUGGCUGGUUAG